GUGGCAUUUAAGUUUAGAGGAAGUAUUUUGCCGCGGUAUUCGGUAGUUGGGGAUGAAGGCGUUAAUUGAAAAGUGUACAUCAGAAAAAAAUACACAAGAUAAUUGGGAUUUAAUUUUAGAAAUUUGUGAAAAAUACGCUAAACAAGAGCCAGCAAUUUGUAUUCAAACAAUAUGUAAACGAAUAUUUCAUAAAAAUCCAAAUGUAUCUAUACGAUCUAUAACAUUAUUAGAUGCAUGCAGUAAAAAUUGUGGUAAACAAUUUAAUCGAGAAUUAGCUUCAAAAGAUUUUUCACAAUUAAUCAAGAAAAAUUUCUCGAGUUUACAACGUAUUCCAUCUAUUAAAUUAAUUGAUAUCUUUGAAAAAUGGUCAAUUGAUUUCAAAAAUGAUUCAGAAUUAGCAUUAGCAGCUAGUUUUUAUAAUUGGGUUAAAACGGAAUAUCCAGAUCUUGUGAAACAAGCAAUGCAUGAAAGACAAAUAGUUAAACAUGGUCCUUCACGUCAACAUGUUGCACAGUUACAAGCUAAAGAAGAAGAAGAUUUAGCACAAGCUAUUGCUUUAUCACUGAAAGAUACUGACAGUUCAACGCCACCUAAUCUAAACAAGCAAUCUGUUUCCACUUCAAAUGAGAAGUCUAGUUUAUAUCCUUCCUGCUCUCAACUUCCAUUUAGUUCACUUUCAACUUAUUCGACACCAGCAUCAUCAUCAAAUGCCUCUAAAACAACUGCUCCUCGCAAUUCAAAGGGACAGGUAAGAGCAUUGUACGACUUUGAAGCAGCUGAAGACAAUGAAUUAUCAUUUAAAGCUGGAGAGCUUAUUCUACUCUUAGAUGAUUCCGAUGAGAACUGGUGGCUUGGAAGCAAUAAUCAAGGUCAAGGUUUAUUUCCUGCUCAAUUUGUCAAACGUGAAACUGAACUUGAUGGAAUAAAUAAUGUCAAAUCAAGUUCAAGCGAAGUUUCUCACAAUACAGAUGUUAAAAAGAACCAAUCUACCAAAAAAAUUGUCCCCCAACUUGAUGAGAAAAAAAUCGAUGAAUGUUUACGUCUAAUUACAACUGUAGAUCCUACUGGUGAAUUUCAACAAGAUCCACCAGAAUUAAGUCAACUUGAAGCAGAAUGUAUAGCAAUGGUUCCACUUGUUGAUCCUGAAUUAAAAUUAGUUGAUAAAGAAAUUAUUAUGCUUACAGAAUUAAAUCAACGUUUAUUAGAUGCAUUUCAAUUGUAUCAUGAUAUCAUGUCACGUCAGAAUCCGUCAAAUGCUUAUUAUACUGGAAUGUCCAAUACUAUUGCUAACACCACGACUAACCCAAUAAAUCCAACAAUCCCUUAUUUACCACCAAAUACUCCGAAUAUAUAUCCAUACACCCAGCCAACAUCGUCGAUGACUAAAUCUGCAUCUGCAGUACCUAUGAAUGGAUUCACUAUGCCAACAGAUUUGAAUGGAACUGUGAUGUUCCCUCCUACUGACUCUUACCCUAUGUCAACUGGAAUUUAUGCGAAUCCACAAACAGAAAAUUUCAGUGGUAAUCUUCCUCAUAAUCUUCAUAGUGGUCAAAUAUCAUCUCAACCCUUUCCUGUACAGCAGUUUUAUGAAUCAAAUCAAAUAGUACCUCCUGAUGUUGUUACACAACAAAUGCAAUCAUAUCCAUCUGGCAGUAACAAUUAUGGAGUUCCAAUUUAUCCAAUGAAUGAUUCUCAAUCUAUGGUGUAUACAGAUCAAUCAAACAACACCCUCUCAACUCAGAGAAAACAAUAACAACCGUAGGUUUCAUCUAGUUUCAUAAAAAAAAUGCUAGGAAUCCUGAGAACCAUUUUAUUCAUGAAAAUGAAAGAUAUGCUAUCAAGAUGGGUUUUGUUCUGUUUUUUUUUUCACAAGAGAAAAGUUUCAUUCCUUCGAUAUAUAAUAAACAAAUGAUUUCUUUUAUAAACAAAUACCUUCAGUUAAGUAAGCUCUAAUCAACUUUAACCGUUUUCAAUUUGUCUUUCAUUCUCAAAAGUACUACUCAUUAGUAGUAGUUCAUCUGUUUGUUUGUUCUUUUUUGUCUGUAAACUUCUAUCAAAUUAUCUUCAUUCUAUCAUUUGUGAUUUCAUUAAAUAUAAUUAUUAUAAAUAAUUGUAAUUAUUCAUUGUACUUACAUAAUUAAAUGAGAUCUCAUUAAUACCUUUUUAUUCAAAUGAUUCAUAAUUACAAUGAUUAAGAUCAUGAGUCAG